AUGCACUUUCAAGCGACGCACUCCAGAGACGAGACCAGGCGCUAUGUUGUGAGGCUCCCCCUGAAAACCUCAGCAACAGCCCUCGGUGACUCGAGGCUCAAAGCAACACGUCAACUACACUCGGUAAUGAGACGCCUACAAAAGGAUGAGGCGUACUCAGCCCUGUACAAGGCCUUUAUCAGAGAGUAUCAUCAGUUAAAUCACCUUCAAGAAGCACCAGAGACUCCAGAACCCUCACCAGCCUAUUAUCUACCGCACCACGGGGUUCUGAGAGACGAUGCCAUGACCACGAAACUACGAGUCGUAUUUAACGGCUCCAGCGCGAGCUCAACACGAAUCUCAUUGAACGACAUUCUCUAUUCUGGAGGAAAACUGCAAGUGGAUGCAGUCAACGUCCUCACAUGGGUGAGGAAACAUCAGUUCGUUUUUGGGACAGACAUCAUGAAGAUGUUUCGCCAAAUUCGGGUUCAUCACGACGAUUGGGAUCUGCAACGAAUUUUGUGGCUCAAUGAAGACAAUGAAGAGAUCACCUAUCAACUGACCACAGUCACCUAUGGGCUCAACUGUUCACCAUGGAUAUCACUAAGAGUCCUUCAACAACUGGUGGAGGAUGAAGGUCACCGCUUCCCAGCAGCAGUAGAGACACUCAGAAAAGGUCGCUACGUAGACGAUAUCUACGGCGGUGCCGACUCCAUCGAUCAACUAAAAGAAAUCGCUACUCAACUACAAGGACUUUGCGAAGCCGGUGGCUUCCCACUCCAAAAAUGGAGCAGCAACUCACCAGAAGCUCUUCAACAAUUAGGCCUCUCACCACAGAACUCAACAGUGCAUUUCGAAGAAGCAAUGACCAAGGUCUUAGGCUUUUGCUGGCAGCAAUCAACCGAUACAUUCAAAUACAAGGUCAAUAACUUCACCUCAAAGACGUUCACCAAGAGAUCAGUGCGAUCAGAGAUCGCCCAAAUCUUUGAUCCACUGGGAUUCAUCGCUCCAGUUGUCAUCCUUGGCAAACUCUUCAUCCAAACGGAAAUCAACGAGCUAGAUAAGGUCUCAAUCCCGAGAUGGCUCAGACUGUCAACAGAAUCGAUCAACAUACAACUCCACGGGUUCGCCGAUGCAUCCAAAUCGGCAAUGAGCGCAGUAGUCUACAUCAGAUUAAAGAAACUCAACGAACCGACCUCAACAAUCAUCGUAUGUGCAAAACCGAGGGUGGCACCACUCAAGGAAAUGACCAUCCCUCGCCUCGAACUCACCGCUGUACUACUGCUCACCCGCCUUGCAAAGACAACUCACCAAAUGCUAGAACUCAACAACGUGGAAACUCACCACUGGUCAGACUCAUCUGUUGCUCUGGCGUGGAUAACCAGUCAUCCCUCACGCUGGAAGGAAUUUGUCCACAACAGAGUAGCAGAAAUCCAAGAGACAUUGCCAGAAGCAACAUGGAGGCACAUCAGUGGAAAGGAAAAUCCAGCAGAUUGUGCCUCAAGGGGGAUCUCAACAAAUCAACUCAUCGAACAUCCACUCUGGUGGUCAGGACCUGACUGGCUUAAUCUAGAGCCAGACCAGUGGCCACAAUCAACAAUAGACGUCCCUGCAGAGGUCUCAAUGGAAGCGAAACCAUCACCAGCUCAUCCAGUCGCAGCUGAGGUCAACGUUCACGCACUAGCAGAGUUGCUAGACAGAUACUCAACACUAUCAAAGGUGCUGCAAGUGUCAGCGACCAUCAACAGGGCAAUCAAUAGGUUCAGAAGGCAACCAACACCCCAGACACCAGUCCUCACACCUGACGAACUCAACAAGGCUCGGCUAUUCUGGGUAAGACUAACACAAAAACAAUUCUUUGCUUCAGCAAUAAGGACCCUCAGGAGAGACCAUCAACUGCCAACGGGACAUCAACUAGCCAAGAUGACUCCAUUCCUAGACGAGCUAGGCAUCAUGAGAGUCGGAGGACGACUCAGAAACGCUCAACUAGACGCUGACGAGAUGCACCCCCUCAUACUGCCUCGCCAGUCGCGACUCACCACACUGGUCAUCAACGAAGCUCACCAACGAGCACUCCAUGGAGGAACUCAACUCACAUAUCGGGCGCAACGAGCCCAACAGCUGAUGGGACAACUUCCCACAGCAAGAGUAUCACCAUCGAGAGCAUUCCUCCACACAGGGGUGGAUUAUGCUGGUCCAAUGCCCAUACUUAAGUGGAGACCAACAAAUGCUCACCCAGCCGCGGUGCACAUCGCAGUCUUCGUCUGCCUGAGCACAUCAGCAGUGCACCUGGAGCUGGUCACGCGUCAAAGCACAGACGCAGUCAUCGCAGCAUUCAAGAGAUUCACCGGGAGAAGAGGAAUCCCCCAAGUGAUGUAUAGUGACAACGGAAGCAACUUUGACGGAGCUGCUGGAGUCCUACAUCGAUUAUACAACGAGGAAUCACCAGAGAAUCAACAAAUCCAAGCUGCACUUGCCACAAAUGGAACUCGCUGGAGCUUCAUCCCAGCACGAGCACCCCAUUUUGGUGGCAAAUGGGAAGCAGCGGUGAAAUCAACGAAACAUCACCUGAAACGUACGCUGAGAACAACGACACUCACCUAUGAAGAGCUCAACACCAUCUUGAUCCAGAUCGAGGCCUGCCUAAACUCCAGGCCGAUCUCACGAAUGUCUGAUGACCCAGACGACCUUCAAGCGCUCACCCCAGGACACUUCCUGAUAGGUGAGCCACUUCAACUGAUCCCAGAGCCAUCCUACUUGGAUGACAAUCCAUCCAAGAUGCAUCGGUGGAACGUAAUCACCCAGAAAAUUCCACAAUUCUGGUCAAGAUGGUCAAAAGAAUGUCUUCAACGAUACCUGGCCAUCUACAAGUGGAAUCAACGCCAGGAAAAUAUCAAGGUUGGAGACAUGGUGCUAGUGGUGAACGAAAACUUUCCACCAGCAAGGUGGCCACUAGCACGAGUCACCGCAGUUCACCCGGGAGACGACGGACUCACCAGAGUAGCGACUGUCAAGACACCCUACUCAGAAGUAGCCAGGCACGCGGACGGUACGCCUAAUCCAGAGAGGUACCAAAGACGAAACUGCAAGAAGAUCAACAAGAACUUCAAGGGGACUCCCAGGAAUCACAGGACUGAGAGAUAUCAUCAAACUAGAAAUCAACCCACCAGAAAUCAACUCACAAGCUCAACAGUUAAUCAACAGAAUAAAUUCACCACCUCCGAUGCCGAAGUCUAUCACUCAUCUUUGAAAAAUCACCCCACUCACCUAGAGUCUAUCAUCGACCUUCACCGCGAAAAGUUCGCUAUCGAAACUCACCUUUUCCUGAAAUCUCCUGAUCCACCCUACUCAACUGUUCCCUCAACAAACAUAGACUAUUUAAUAACACUUCUCACUUCUCUAUAUAACCUUGAACACUUAGAAACACUAUAUAACGUCGAUAAACAACAAAUGCUGCACGACUCUUGA